UGACGGUCUGACCAAUAAGGCUGCUCUUCUGGAAGGAGAAGCUUCGUUUUCGCUCAUUCUUACUUAAUAAACGAGACAAACCUGGAACCACGAAACCAGGAGAGAGUGUUUUCGACAAAUAGCCCACUUUAAGGAUGCAGGACGGGAGUUGGAAUCAGCCACUCCCCUUCUCUCUGCUGCUAAAGGACUCAGCAGUGGGCGGGACUUUGGAGGGAAAUGGAGGUGUGUUUUCUGAGGCGUCCUCUGAUGGGGAACUCUACCUGGACUCUGGUACUGAGCUGGAUUGUGGAGAUGGGGACUUUGCAGAUCUCACUGCCUUCUUAAGUGCAGAAGAGAUUAAUCGUAGCCUGGACCUGGCCCGGGAGUCCUUUGGUGGCACAUGUGAAUCUGAAGAUCUGGGCCCCUCUAAUCCUACACCUCAGGAGCAGGUUCUCCAACCCGUCCCCUCCCUCCCUGUGAACACCCAGACUACUGACAACCUCAUCACAAGCACUAACCUGCACCACCAGACCAAAGCCCCCUACCCAGAUGAUAUCGCAGCAGUUAGAGUCUCCUCCAGCCAGAACGCUGCCCUCAGCAAACCUGUGCAGGUGUCCAGUGAGGCUCCGUCCUCUGCUGAGAGGGUGGUGCGCCACAAACCCACGCAGCCAGUUUAUAAGCAGGACAAGCCCAGGCUGGUUCACGAAGGCCUGGAGCUGAACGACCGGGCAGCUUCAGCCACGGAGUUCUGUAGCCGAGCUGCCACGUUCAUCGAGGAGCUGUCCUCCAUUUUCAAAGGUUCUUCUCAUCUGGAGCAGCAGGUGGAGGAGGACUCCUCCUCUCCUGACAGUGGCUACCUGUCUCCCAGGAGCCAGCGACCGGCGCCUCAGGGCUCAGUCUCUGCUCCCUCUCUGCCUCCCAGCCAGCAGGAGCAGACGCACCACAGCCAGACGGACGUCGGCCCUCAGCCUGGGGGCCCGGUGGCAGUGGCAGCUUCUGUGAGGUACCAGCACUCAGGAGCUCCGACCACGACCGGACCCCUGUCCCCUCCUCAGUUCCUCCAGAAGCUGAAGAGUCAGGAGGUGGCAGAGGGAAGCCCCAUCCGCCUGGAAUGUCGGGUAAUAGGAAACCCCCUCCCGCUGGUCAGGUGGUUCUGUGAAGGCCGUGAGCUGCACAGCUCUCCUGACAUACAGAUCUGGAGGGACGGUGACCUGCACACGCUGGUGAUCGCCGAAGCCUUUGAGGACGAUACGGGACGUUACACCUGCGUGGCGUCCAACAGUCUCGGAGCAGACAAUACCUCUGCUGAGGUUUACAUUGAAGGAGCUUCAUCAUCAGACUCGGACGGAGAAGGAGCAAAAUCCAGAUCAGGAACCAUGCCUCAAGUGCAGAAGAAGACUACUUCAAUGUCCCUAACAAUACGCUCUUCAUCACCCAAAACCACGGAGGUCCUUCCUCACCGCUCCACCCUGGUUCAGGCUCUGUCUCAGCCCCCACAGAGGAUGCAGAGCCCGGUGUCGUCACUGUACGCCAGUGAGGCGUCGGGCCCCCCUGUAUUCACUAAGCUCUUGCAGGAUGCCCAGGCGUCCGAGGGCCAAGUGGUGGUUCUGGAGUGCAGGGUGCGCGGUGGCCCUCCUCUGCAGGUCCGAUGGUCCCGCCAGGGAGAGGAGAUCCUGGACUCACCUGAUUUUCGUAUUCUCCAGAAAAAGCCUCGAUCUGCAGCUGAGCCAGAAGAGAUCUGCACCCUGGUGAUAGCCGAGGCCUUUCCAGAGGACGGAGGUCUGUUCUGCUGCACGGCGUCCAACCUGUAUGGCUCCAUAAACAGCACCGCCCAACUCACUGUCACUGCAGCGACCGAGGACUCAUCCAGUAAUGGCAUGUCUGGUGAUAGCUCAGGGUUUGAGGAUACGGCCGCCUUCCCCCCUCCUCCCCCACCCACAGAGAUCAGCCUCCUGGAGCUGCCACCCAAGACGCUGCCUCAUCCCGGCACCGAGGCUUUCCAUAUCAAGGAGCUGGAGAUCUGGCCCAGUGUGUCCACCCUGCCUGCAUUACAGAUAGGCUCAGAGGUGGAGGACAAGGACAAGGAGAAAGAGUCUAUACAGAACGGCCAACCCCCGAAUCCACCGUCACCUCCAAGCCCACCUAAAGACAUCACGCCACCACCCCCACCUCCACCUCCACCCCUGCCACAGUUUGACUCUAUGGCAGAUGUUCCAGUCACAGCCCAAAGUCCAGCUCAGGUGGCACCAGACUCACCUCCGACCCCAGGCAAGGUGUCUCCAUCCCCCGCGAGGGACGGCCCUCCGCUGCCGACCAAGCCCAAACCGAAGCUGAACGCGUUGCAGCUGAAGCAGCUGCAGGAGCAGAUUCUGUUGGAGCAGCAGGAAGCAGCCAGCUGGCAGCAGCAGAACCAGGAAGUCCCACCUUCACCCCAGGAAGUGCCUCCACCUGCUCCACCAUCUCCACCUCUCCCUCCUCCUCCCUCCUUCCAGGAGCUGGAGAGCAACGUACCGACCAUGCAGGCCAGCACCUUCAACUACGCCCGGCCCAAGCAGUUCAUAGCUGCUCAGAGCCCCGGUGGGCCGGGCUACGUCACCCAGUCCUCUGGCUCCUCGGGGUCCAGCCUGUCCUCCCCGAUGUCUCCUCCCACCUCGCACAAACCCUUCACCAGGGUCACCGUGCCCCCCUUCACCAAGGCCGGCAGUGUGGAGUCUCCGAGCUCUCCUUCCUUCCCGCCUCCGCCUCCGCCCUUCCUCAGCUCCAGUAACCUGUCCUCUCCAACGGGCCCCGCCCAAGACUUCCCACCUCCCCCGCCUCCUCCUCCUCCGCCCAUGUCCAUGUCUCCAGCCCACUCAGACAUGUCCUCUCCAUUCUCCUCCGUCCCUCCGUCUCCAGCCUCCAGCUUCCUGUCCUCAGUGUUGCCCUCCACACCGGGCAGUCCCACGGUCAACGCCCUGGGCCUUCCUAAAGGCAACGGGACUGUCAAAGCGUUCCCCAGGAAGUCCUCGGGCAGCAAGACGCCUCGCCUCGCCUCGGACUCCGACAUCCAGGGAUCCAAGGACGCCGUCAUCCAGGAUUUGGAGAGAAAACUGCGCUUUAAAGAGGAGCGCAUAAGCAAUGGUCAACAGAGGUUAACCUAUGAGGAGAAGAUGGCUCGCAGGCUGCUGGGUGCUGACAACGCUGCCACAGUCUUAAACACACAGGACACAGAGGAGGAGCCAGUCACACAGGAAGACAAGUCAUCUGGUAGAGACUCUUACCCUCAAAAGGAAUACAAAGUGUCCAGCUUCGAGCAGCGUCUGAUCAGCGAGAUUGAGUUUCGACUGGAGCGCUCUCCGGUGGAGGAGUCCGACGAUGACGUGCAGCACGAUGAAGACUCUGCUGGGCGGGGGGUGGUGCCCUCCUUCAAUCAGAAGCUCAAACACUACAAAGUCUUUGAGGGCAUGCCCGUCACCUUCUCCUGUAAGGUCAACGGGGACCCCAAACCGAAGGUCUACUGGUUUAAAGACGGCAAGCAGAUCUCCAAGAGGAGCGAGCACUACAGGAUCAGCCGUGAGCCUGACGGGACCUGCUCCCUGCACACGGCUGCAGCCUCGCUGGAUGAUGACGGCAACUACACCAUCAUGGCAGGCAACCCUGAGGGCAGGGUGAGCUGCACCGGCAGGAUGAUGGUCCAGGCGGUGAACCAGCGGGGCCGCAGCCAGCGCUCGGCACCUGGACACAUGCGCAGGCCCAGGUCCAGGUCUAGAGACAGCGGCGAUGAGAACGAUAACAUCCAAGAGCGUCACUUCCGCCCACACUUCCUGCAGGCGCCCGGUGACCUCAUCGUUCAGGAGGGCCGACUGUGCCGGAUGGACUGCAAGGUGAGCGGCCUGCCCACUCCAGACCUCAUCUGGCAGCUGAACGGACAGACCAUCCGCCCAGACUCCGCCCAUAAGAUGCUGGUGAGGGAAAACGGUGUGCACUCAUUGGUCAUUGAGCCCGUGACCAGCCGGGACGCAGGUAUCUACACCUGUAUCGCCAGCAACCGAGCCGGGCAGAACUCCUUCAACCUGGAACUCAUUGUUGCAGCCAAAGAAAUGCACAAGGCCCCUUCGUUUAUUGAGAAGCUGCAGAACACGACCGUGGCUGAGGGUCAUCCUGUGCGUCUGGAGUGUCGCGUCACUGGAGUGCCCUAUCCACAGAUCUUCUGGAAGAGGGAGAAUGAGUCUUUCACUCACAACACAGACAGAAUCAGCAUGCACCAGGACAACUGUGGCUACCUGUGUAUGAUCAUCCAGCCAGCCAUGAAAGAGGACGCUGGCUGGUACACCGUGUCAGCCAAGAAUGACGCAGGCAUCGUGUCCAGCACUGCACGCCUCGACAUCCACAGUAAGUUUCCACCGGUGAACUCUCGCUGCUCAUCGGACCGUUCGGCCUUUACUUCCUGUCCACUCAUGACGUUUUUAACCUCCUGCUCUGUCCUCAGCUCAGUGGCAGCAGCCCAACCUCCCCAAGCCCAAGAAGGUGCGUCCCUCCACCAGCCGCUACGCCGCACUGACGGAGAGAGGGCUGGACGUGAAGGCUGCCUUCUUCCCCGACUCCAGCCCGCUGCAGCCCGGCGGCCUGGUGGAAAGCGACGACCUGUAGAGGCCACAGGCAGGCGCGAGGAAAAACCCUGAGAGCUGCCCCUCGCUCGCUCCC